GAAACGAAGAAGUCGGAAACCGGAAGUUGCGUCCGAGCGGAGAACCUGCAGUUUGCAGAACAUGAAUAAAUCUAUGGAAAUCACCUGUUUAUCUCCUAUCAAGGCUUAAAUAACACAGUGUGUACCUGUUCUACAUUCCCGCCGACUUCCCCGACAACUGGACUUGCUUUGGGUUGAUCCGGCUCCCUGAAGUUUCUCCCUCCCCCCCAUCAUGAUGGACUACUACCAGGUGUUAGGUGUCAGGAGAGACGUGUCUGCAGAGGAAAUCAAAAAAGCGUACAGAAAGCUGGCCCUGAGGUGGCAUCCUGAUAAAAACCCAGAGAACAAGGAUGAGGCUGAGAAGAAGUUCAAGGAGCUGUCGGAGGCGUAUGAAGUCCUGUCAGAUGCCAAUAAGAGGUCCUUAUACGAUCGCUACGGCAAAGAGGGACUGUCGCCGAACAACGGAGGACGAGGGGGACAUUAUCACAACGGAGACCAUUUCCACGAACCGUUCACAUUCCGAAACCCCGAGGACGUCUUCAGGGAGUUCUUUGGAGGCAGAGACCCCUUUGCAGACUUAUUUGGUGCUGAUCCGUUUGGUGAUGAUCCUUUUUUUGGAAGCGGUCGGCGGCACCAAAGUCGAUCCAAUCGCAACCGGGCGGGUGGUUCGUUUUACGGGGGCUUCGUUGGUUUUCCACCCUUCGGAGCUGGCUUCUCACCUUUUGACCCAGGCUUCGGCUCGUUUGGCUCCAUGGGCACCAUGGGUCACAUGGGUCACAUGACGACCAUGGGCAGUCUGGGAGGAGGAGGGGGAUUCACCUCUUUUUCGUCCACCUCCUUCGGGGGAGGAGGAGGAGGAGGCGGCGGAGGCGGAGGAGGCAUGGGCAACUUCCGCUCCGUGUCGACCUCCACCAAGAUCAUAAACGGCAGAAAGAUCACGACUAAAAGAAUUGUGGAGAACGGUCAGGAGCGGGUGGAGGUGGAGGAGGACGGGCAGCUGCGCUCUCUAACCAUUAACGGUAAGGAGCAGCUGCUGCAACUGGAACACAAGUGAGGACAGGAGGCGCCGUCUGCUGGAGAAAAUGUUACCUCGGCACAAAACACAACAACAAACUUGAGCUGGAAACAGAAGAGAAGAAAAAAAAAAGCAACAAAAUGAUGUAAUAAUAUUAAUGAUAAUAAUAAUAGUGCUCUACUGUUGUUUGGAUGUACAAACUUAGAUUGUGUUUAUUUCCCCUCCUGUGCUCUCUCUCCUUCUCUCUCUCUGUUGACCCUUUCUUUAAUUCAGAGGACGUUUCUAUGCAUUCAUCGAUGUUUUUUUUUCUGAGUUUGAGCUCAGGUGUGUUAUUGUUUCCGUGUUUGGGACCACAGUAUCGUUCUGAUGUGUAUGAAGCCCCCCCUCCCUCCCUCAACUUUCCAGUACUUUCUGUAUGCACUCCACUCUGUGUCAGAAGAUAUGGCAUGACCCUGCUUUUUCAUCUGCACAUAAAAAAAAAAAAAGACAAACGGAUUUUAAAAGGUGGGUAGGAAUACCUGAAGCUCCCCUCCCCCCCCGCUCUGUUUACUGCUUGUCUUCUUAGCCAUGAUUCUGUUUUUCUUUUUUUUAUGAAAAAAAAUACAAUGUUAGGGUGAGUUAUGCAAUUUUAUAUGUUCUAAAACCAACGUGUUUUUGUUUAUUUAAUGAUGCAUGUACACCUGUUGAUGUUGAGUCUUAAUGUUGAAGCUGCAUUAUGAUGCACAAAUAAUGGAGGGCAUUCUAUAAAUGAUCUAUGAAUAUGGAAGGAAUUUUGUGUACUUUGUAAACCAAUAAAUCUGAGUUUCAAUCCGUUUUCAGGAUGCUGA